CCGGCCGCGCGCCCUUUUGGAACUCGGAGGGGGGGGCGGGGCCGGAGAGGGGGAGCCAUGUGGGCGAACCAGGAGCUGGGCAAGGAACACCAAAAAGUGUGAAGUUUCAAAAAAGUGAGGAAGAACUUUAGGCCAAAUAACCCACAUUCCAAAUUGAGGAUUUGAGAAUGAAGUCACUGCAAAGCAUCUUCGGGAAAUGCCGAAGAUCAAAUGGGAUGCUAUCCGAGCUGGUCCCCUGGGUAGGCUUCUCUUCCUCAAGUCGCUCUUGCAACAGGAAGAAGAAGAAAGGGAACCCUUAUGAAGAAGUGGACCAAGAGAAAUAUUCUAACUUAAUUAAUUCAGUUAUCUCUGCUAAAGCAAGAUCCAGAACGCCAGAAACACUAUUCCAAGAAGACAAUUUGCUCUAUGGACCUGUGAGCAAGUGUAAGCCUCAAGACCAGGACUCGGAACCAAGGGUUCCACGCAACUGGAUCCCUCUUGUUAACCCUGAAAGGCAAGCUUCUGCCAUCCCCAUUCAGGACCCCUCGCUACCAUUGAAAAUUCCUUUACAGAAGAGUAAGAUUCCCAGCGUGACCCGGGUCCUGCAGCAGACCAUGCCACCAGAACAAGCCUUCUACUUGGAGAGGUGGAAGCGGAGAAUGAUCCUGGAACUGGGAGAAGAUGGCUUUGCGGAAUACACUAAAAAUAUAUUUUUGCAAGGAAAACUCUUCCACGCAGCCAUCGAAGCGGUACUUUCAGCCGGCUCCACACAGGAGGAGGGGAAGGAGGAGGGGAAGGAUGCCGUUGAUUCUGGCUAUUUAAGAAGCGUGCGGCCUGUCCUGGCGGACAUCACUGGAGUCAGAGCCCUGGAAAGUGCAGUUCAGCAUGAGAUCCUGAAGUACCAGGGCCUGGUGGACUGCGUAGCUGAGUAUCGAGGCAAGCUGUGUGUGAUUGAUUGGAAGACUUCAGAGAAACCAAAGCCAUCUAUCCAGAACACGUUUGACAACCCGUUGCAAGUUGCAGCCUAUGUUGGAGCCAUAAAUCAUGAUGCCAACUACAGCUUUCAGGUUCACUGUGGCUUAAUUGUGGUGGCCUACAAAGAUGGGUCUCCAGCCCACUCACACUUCCUGCACUCUGAGAUCUGCUCCCAGUACUGGUCCAGGUGGCUGCUUCGCCUAGAAGACUUCAAAGAGAAGGAAAAGAACCAGAGUAUUCAGCAACCAGAUUAGGGUUCAGGGUGGCAUUCUGCAUCUUAAGAGUUUGGACAGAAGUCCAUGAGCAUCUCACUUGGGGAUUGUUAAUUGCUUUCUUUCCAGAAGAACAAUGGUUACACAUAGCACAAAGGACGAGAGGUUGAGUUUUAAUGUGUGAAAUUUCGUGCCCUUCCCAGAGAGAUUGAUCUGAAGAGAUCCUGAAAAGACAGCAAACAGAAUAAUGGUGACUCUUACACUGUGGUGACUUUGUUUUUUGGGCAUUCUGUUUGGAUGACGCCCGUUGUAUCCAGUUGAUUUUCUGAGACCGUCUUUCAGGUCCAUCUGAAAUUAUUUAGGGGGUGAAUUUGUGUAUUUUUUUCAGCUGGUUCUUCAUGCAGUUGCAUAAAAGUUCAUCAAAGUGUCUGGUAAAACUAGAAUACAAUCAGAAUUUAGGGUAAGAGUCAGUCUCUCUGUGACCCCGAAUGCCUCCGUUCCACCCUAAUAAUCCUCUGAGCGGUUGGAGAUAAGCUCUGAACCAAUGAGGCAAAUCAGUUUGGUGAUAUUUUAUUGUACAACCACCAAGGGUGCCACAAGCACACGGACAAGAUGCUUGGACUUGGAAAAUAAUUACUUGGGAAGCGAAGGGACUAGGAGAAGCCCUGAGAUUGGAAUUUUUUUCCCAUAUGUCUUUCUGGAAAAUGUGAACCAUGUCUCUUGAUUUACUUGACCACCACUAAUGGGUUCCAGCUAUGUUCUGUUACGAAAUAAGGGUGAAGGAGAUGGGCGGAGCAGUCGGUAGCCUUUGUUGAGGGCCCACUGGGUGUAAAAUAUCAUCUCUGCUCUUGAGGAAUUUAUAGUCUAAGGGAGAAGGAAGGACACAUCAAUUCUGUCACAGUCUAGCUGUGAACCAUUGAGCCAUUUCCCAAAGUGCCCAAUAUUUUUAGGAAAGUCCAAAGAUGGUAUUGAGAAGUAGGUGAGCGUGGGGGAGGCAAUGGGCAUGUGGCUAACUGGGAUAGGCGGUAAAUAGUUGGGUAAAAGGGUGAGGAGUCAGGGAGACAACGUAUUUGGGUUUUAAAUUUGGUGCCACCGAUGGUCCUUUCUCUCCAGCGAUGCCCAUAGCAAAAAGGAGAUUUCUUAACCUUCCUCCCACCCAGGCAUAGGAUGAAACUGAAUCUGUGUUCCUAAAGCUGUUGAAGAGUCUCCUUUAUAGGGUCACCUGUAUCAAGUAGAGGCUAGUUCACCCUUUGAAAUAAUGCCCACGUUAUGUUUCUGUAUCUUUUUUUUUAAGCUACUUGGACGGUCCUGGAAACAAGUUCAGGUGUGUAACUGCCUAGAAAACUAUGUAUUAUCCAGCAAAAUUUUUACGUAAAACGUGCCCCCCACCCACUGAUGCAUUUGAUGGCAGGAACUGGGGAUGUUCAGUGCCAGUGCCCUAGGCUGUAUUUCUUCCUCAUUUUUUUCCAUUCUUAUUUGGUCAUAGCUUUCCUUUAGGCCCAACCUCAUUUCUUUCAGACUGAGCCUCUGGGAUGUCUUCAUUAACAUGUACCUGAUCUGAAUUAAGUUAGAUUAGAGGUAAAAUUCCCCCGUAACCCAUUUCCCAGCUGCAGUUAGUUUCUAGCUGAAUGGUUCUCACUUUUUUUCGGUGGUGACACGGCUGCUCUUCUCCAAAGCCCCGCAAUAAAGCAAGGCUCAUCGGCUUGGCAGAGGCACACUCUGACUUUGCUGUCUGCUAGGGCCUUCGCUGGAGUGACACAAAGAGAGCUAUGCAAUGAAACUGGGUCACUGGAUAGGAAAAUCGGUGGGGAAGGUAAACAAGGAGCUAAGAUAAAGCCAGACUUAAGGUGUAUUCAGGCUGGAUCACGAACACUUUGGCGCUACCUCCAAUUAGAAACCUAGAGGGGAUUUUGUCGGCUGCACUGAAUUUCCAGUGGGAAAAGCAGUGAGGAACCAAUAUCAUUCCGAGUGUCACGCCAGACACUGGUAAAAACAACCGAGCUGUGAUAAAUCGAAAUAGUUUCAACUGUACAAGCCUGGACUGUAGAACCAAUUGAUGACAUUAAAAAGGUAAACCCUUUUGUAAACUUUUAUGAGCUUGUAACCCUUUUAUAAACUUGAGUCUUCACAAAAAUGGUCAACUGAGAUCAGAAAACUGAAACAGGCAUUGUUUGGGAGGACAGGAAUAGAAAAGAACCUGUGAGAGAUGGUUUAAUUAAUCUGGAUGUGUUCAGUUGCAUCAUAUAAAAUCCUCUCUCCUAAGUGUUUUCAAAUUAAUUUUCUUGAUUUGUUCAAUAAUUUUUCUAGGACUAAGAAUUAAAUGUACUUAACAGUAAUUUUCAGUCAUCUCUGUUCUUUAAAGGCAUCUUGUUAAUCCUCACCCCUCACCUGACAUUCAUGAAUUCUCAGACAACUAGUGGUCCUGUGAUUUCUUUGACUAGCCCUUGAAACAAAUUAUCAAAAGAAUCCAUUUGAAAACACCCAGACCAGAAGAGGGAAAUAAGUAUCCCAGUAUAUAGGGUGUCCUCUCAGAUUGACCCAGGCAGGGUCAGUCUUGUAGAUCUACAGUAUUAGAUGUCAUUCAUCCUAAUUGUAUCACGACUUCUGUUUAUGCCUUGUAGCUAAAAGACCUUAUUUUUGUGACCUGGAGUAGAUUAAUUAGCUUGAGGGAUGUACUCAAAGAGUUGUCCCUGCUCUUUCACUGCCAACCAAAUCUUGUGUUUCUUGGAGACCAGCUGCUUACCUGGUGCUAAUUAAAGUCAUUUACUCUA